AAAUAUCAGUAUAAUUGUAUUUAAAAAAUCACCUAAAUAUUUGAAUUGACGUUUAACCUUGUUUCACUUUAACCGUAGAUUUUAACACGACAACCAGUUUGCAAAAUUGUAAAUCGACCCCAUUUAGCUGCUAUUCAUUUCACCUUUUUUGUAAAGGAACAUGAUUGGCCAUAUUUAGCAAAAUACCCGGGUUUUCAACGCAUGCGGUAAUUAAUAGAGUCCGUGACUUGUACACGAAGGUGUGGUAAUGCGUCAAAAAUCAUGAGGUUUUUGGCCUUUUACUUAAUUUCUUUAUGUUUUAGCUCUAGUGUCAGGGCUGUUUGUCAGUCAAAUAGGAUUCGGAUAAAUGGAAACGGUUAUACUGGAGUCACUGUUGCAAUAUCCAGUAAACUUCAACCUACUCAAAUACAGAUACAAAAAAUUAAGGACCUAUUUAUGGCCGCUUCAGCCCAAUUGUACGAGUCAACAAAAUACCAUCUCUACUUUAAGGAUAUUACAAUAGUAAUACCAAAGUCAUGGCCAAACGAUAUUACCAACGAUUUUGUUAGAGGACCCCAACUCGAUUCUGCACAUGUGAUUGUUGACAAUCCUAACCCACUGGUGGAUAACAGGCCAUAUGUAUCUGGUAUGACCGGUUGCGGAAAAUCAGGAAAGCACAUACAUUUAGAACCAUAUACGGUACAGAUUCUUCCAGCUCAGAAAAGCGGAGAUAAAAUUUUAGUGCAUCUUUGGGGCCAUUUUAGAUGGGGUUUAUUCGACGAACAUGGUGAUAAGGAAUCUCCAAUGCAGGACUUAAACACAAAUACAUGGUUUUAUCCAUCUGAAGGAACAUUUAAACCAAACAUCUGUGCUAAAGAUAUCAUAGGAAAAAGAGAGCUCUCGUAUUGUGAGAGUCAAAUGCAGUGUUCAUUAGACGAGAAUGGUUUACCUGAGAAGGACUGUAAGUUUUGCGCAGAUGAAUCAGGAAAUGCCGUCAAGGGGUCAAUAAUGGGGAAACCAGGAAUCUCAAGUGUGGAAGAGUUUUGUGAUGACAAUGGCAACACUGUUCCACACAACAAGGAAGCGCAGACUCCACAAAACAGAUUCUGCCAAGGUAGAAGUGCUUGGGAAGUAAUGAGACUUCACUCCGAUUUCAAAGAUACAACACCAGGUUCUCCGACACAAGAUACCACGCCAACAUUUAGAGUUGUUCAACAGAAAACUGGUCAAAAUUUCGUGAUGGUCUUGGACAAGUCCGGGAGUAUGAAUUUUUAUGAUGGUCCCUCUAAUGAUACAAGUGUUCUACGGAAGCAAAGAAUGACAAAAUUGAAAGAAAUAACUUCCAUUUUUAUUCUGGAUUGGCUACCCAUGGGGAGUUCUCUUGGAAUAGUGGCAUUCAACACAACAGCUUACACUGUAGCCCCAGUCAGGUCCGUAACGACGGGCGCCGUACGACAAGAACUAGUCACACUAAUCAAAGAUAUUGACGUUGGCGGAGGUACUUCUAUCGGGACAGGGCUUCGGGAAGGAAUACAGGUAUUAAAGACACUCGGAGUAAACAUCAGUGGCAGCGAAAUCAUUUUAGUGACUGAUGGUGAAAAUACACAUCUUCCAGGGAUAAACGAGGUUGAGAAUGAAAUCUUAGCUGAAAAAGUAAUUGUUACAACCAUUGCCAUUGGUAGAAAUGCAGACAAAAACAUGGAAACCUUGGCAAAAAAUAGUGGAGGUUCAAGCCAUUUUUAUUCCGGAUAUGACCAGUCUACCGCUCUGAUUGAUAGUUUUGUAAAUAUUGCUGAAUGUGCUUCUGAUGACGAGAGUAAACUUUUUCAGAUAGAAAGUAAAAGUCUGAAUGUCACGAAAGAUCGGAAUUACACCAGUAUCAUUUCUAUUGACGACACAAUAGGACGGGACACAACAUUGUUACUUCAGGGUCCUGGCGUGAACUAUGCUACAUUAUCUCUGUCUGGACCUGGGAAUAGAAUAUGGACAUCCGGUGUAUGUAACGAUUCUUGUCGCGUUAAGAUUGACGCACUAGCUGAGGUUGGUGAUUAUGUGGUGAAUGUUACGUCAUCUUUUGACACUGGACUUGUUCUAACACUGACCGCGCAUUCAUAUCCCAGAAAUCCAUCAGAGGAAGUCAUCACUGCGUCUGCGUGGUCCUCAACAGACUCAUUUGAUUUCUCGCCUUCUAAUACGAUUAAUCUUUUCGCACAAGUACAAAAGGGAUCAUCGCCAGUUUUAGAUGCUAGCGUCGAAAUGUUGCUUGAGGAUUCAGAGGAUCACAUGACAACAAUUAAUCUCUCUGAUAAUGGCUUUGGUGAAGAUAUAGUUCAAGGUGAUGGUCUCUACACGGGUGUGAUAUUACCUUCUCAAAUUAAAUCUGCUGGAAGACAUAGUCUGAAAGUCUCUGUGACGGGAAAAAGUGGAGAAACCAAAAUUUUGGUUCCAAAAGUGAAAAGACGUAAAAGAGCUGCUCAGGACAAUGUCCCCGGAACAGAUCUUGUAACUGGAACAGUUGCAGGAUUCAAACGAGUAACUUCCGGUGGUUCCAUCACUGUGCAGAAUUACAAAACUUCAGCCGAAGGAGGUGACAAAAUUCCACCAGCUAGAAUAACAACACUCAAAGUAGUGACGUCAAACGGAAACCUCUUUAACAUUAGCUGGAACGCUGUCGGAGAUGACGUCACAUAUGGAUCAGCUACAUCUUAUUUGAUUUUGUUGUCAAAGUCCUACUCGGAUUUGCUGAAUCUUCCAGACAGAGUCAAUGCUUUGACCGACCAAGUACCAACACCGUCAAAACCCGGUAAUACCGAAUUCUUCUCUUUAUCGUUACCAGAAGUUGGUGUAAAUUACUAUUUAGCAGUCCGAGCUGUUGAUGACGCAGGGAACAAGGGAGAUGUCUCAAAUAUUCUGUCUCUGUCUGUGGUUACCGAUAACUCUUGGCAACCUGUCCGAACACAGCCACCAACGUUGUCCUAUGAUGGCGUCAUUGCAUCUGCGUGUGUAGCAGCAUUACUUGUUUGUAUAAUUGUUUUAUGUGGAAUAUGCUUUUGUAAGAGAAGAAAUGCUUCCAGAAGGAAAUCAAGCUACAAAUCUAGAGAACAAUAUGGCCAAUUUUCAAAUGAUAUUUCAUAUGAUCCUUAUCAAGCGCAAUACCAAAAUCACAUGUUGCAUAUGUACAUGCAUCAAAUGCACAACCAACAAAUAACCAGGCAAUAUUAUGCCAACGAUCCGAGAUUUAAAAAACGAGAUGUAUAUCCCUACCAUAUUUCCUGAAAAAAAUGGCAAUUAUAACGAAGAAUCAUAGGGAGAUUUGAUGGGAUGAACUAAUUCACAUUAAAUUUUAUAAUGGAAAGUUCGCCUACAAUACUCGUACUAACUGCAAAGAUUUGUACACGCUGGAACUAAAACAGAAGAAGAUGGACUGUUUUUGAAUUUCUUUUGACGUACUUUUUUAAUUUAUGUAUAUCAAAUCCAUCGAAAAUUCAGCAAUUAUCGUUUAAAAUAAAUAAAGAAAUGUUU